AUGCUCAGUAAAGACUCCGCCCCCAAACUUGGAGGACUCAGUAAAGACCCCGCCCCCAAUCCUGGAAGACUCAGUAAAGACCCCGCCCCCAACCCUGGAGGAUUCAGGAAAGACUCCGCCCCCAAUCCUGGAAUGCUCAGUAAAGACUCCGCCCCCAACCUUGGAGGACUCAGUCAAGACCCCGCCCCCAAUCCUGGAAGACUCAAUAAAGACUCCGCCCCCAAUCCUGGGGGACUCAGUAAAGACCCCGCCCCCAAUCCUGGAGGACUCAGGAAAGACUCCGCCCCCAAUCCUGGAGGACUCAGUAAAGACUCCGCCCCCAAUCCUGAAAUGCUCAGUAAAGACUCCGCCCCCAAUCCUGGGGACCCUGAAGACCCCGCCCCCAAUCUUGGAGGACUCAGUAAAGACUCCACCCCCAAUCCUGGAGGACUCAGUAAAGACCCCGCCCCCAAUCAUGCAGGGCUCAGUCAAGACCCCGCCCCCAAUCCUGGAGGACUCAGUAAAGACUCCGCCCCCAAUCCUGGAGGACUCAGUAAAGACCCCGCCCCCAAUCCUGCAGGGCUCAGUAAAGACCCCGCCCCCAAUCCUGGGGACCCUGAAGACCCCGCCCCCAAUCUUGGAGGACUCAGUAAAGACUCCACCCCCAAUCCUGGAGAACUCAGUAAAGACCCCGCCCCAAUCCUGGAGGACUCAAAAAAGACCCCGCCCCCAAUCCUGGAGGACUCAGCAAAGACCCCGCCCCCAAUCCUGGAGGACUCAAGACUCCGCCCCAAUCCUGGAGGAUUCAGGAAAGACUCCGCCCCCAAUCCUGGGGACUCAGUAAAGACUCCGCCCCCAAACUUGGAGGACUCAGUCAAGACCCCGCCCCCAAUCCUGGAGGACUCAGGAAAGACUCCGCCCCCAAUCCUGGAGGACUCAGUAAAGACCCCCCCAAUCCUGGAAUGCUCAAUAAAGACUCCGCCCCCAAUCCCGGAAUGCUCAGUAAAGACUCCGCCCCCAAUUCUGGAGGACUCAGUAAAGAUCCCGCCCCCAAUCCUGGAGGACUCAGUCAAGACCCCGCCCCCAACCCUGGAGGACUCAGUCAAGACCCCGCCCCCAAUCCUGGAGGACUCAGUUAAGACCCCGCCCCCAAUCCUGGAGGACUCAGUCAAGACCCCGCCCCCAACCCUGGAGGACUCAGUCAAGACCCCGCCCCCAAUCCUGGAGGACUCAAUGUUACUGGACCAUCUGGUUUCCUCCAGCAUGUCCAAGCUGUUACAGACUACAGAAGCUGUUCACAGAUUCCGUCCUCGCUUGUGUACAUUGCCGCGAUCAGACGAUAAGAUUAGAGCCUCAGCCCCUUCCUGGGUCCCUGGAAUGGACGGCACUCCAGAUAAAUUCCCCAAGACCGCAGCACUCUCUGUGAAGACUGGCGGCACCGAGAGAGCUGGCCUUGCUUCCUGGGCAGAGAAGACUCCUCCUGGCUCAGCGUCCCCUCGGGACGUGCCUGGAGGUGGCACAAGCUGA